AUGUACAAUUCGAAUGAGAAUUAUAGUUAUUCUCAAUAUGAAGCAUCAUUUCCUAUGUCCCAACAUUUCCAGCAGUCACAAGGUGAUGGGUCAUUUCCGAACUUCAGUAGUUCAUAUUGGUCUCGAGCUGCAUCGGUUGAGCGGGAUAAUGACAAUAACGAAGAAGAAGAUAAAGGGUCAAGGAAAUUAUGGAGGCCAUGUGAAGAAGAGGUUCUCGUGAAGGCGUGGCUAACAAUAAGCCAAAAUAAAGGUAGUAAUACUAAACAAACAACAAGUAUCUUCUGGACAAAAAUUACUAAAAUAUUUAAGGAAGUUAAAUGUUAUAGAGAUCGAUGCUGGGAAGAAGGAGUUGAAAGUUUCAAGGAGUCUGAUAUCUUACCAUUUGACAGAGAGUUGGGUCAAAUACAAAGCCAAUGGAAAAGAAUACAUGCAAAAGUAUCCAAAUUUGUUGGUGCAUAUGCUCAUGCAGAGUCUCGUCGGAAAAGUGGUGAGUCUGAUGACGACGUCAUGAAAACUGCAUUUGCAAUCUACAAAAAGGAUAAUAAAACAGACUUCAAUAAGCUUCACUGUUGGGAAAUUUUAAGGCUUAAUGAUGUAUGGAAGCCUAUGGGAGAUACUGUCAAAGCUUGCAAAAAGAAGACAGUUAAUCAAGAAAGUGGCUCAAAGAGGUGGAGGAUCAAUGAAACUGGCAACUACUCCACUUCAAGUGAGCCAAAUACGCCAAGCAGUGGAGACCCAACUACUCCAAACGACGGAUUCACCAAAAAUAAAGGCAAGGGAAAAGUUUUGAACAUGCCUGCAGAAGCCUUUCAAGAGUGA